GUUUGGGAUAUUGUUAAUGAAUUCAGAUAUGGACUUGGAUGAAAUUGUUAAAUUGCGGUUUUAUUCGAAAUUCGAGGGUUUCUUAAAUAGUUGAAAGAAUUGGAUCGAGUAGUAACAAAGAAAUUUUAGAAUGACGACGUGGAUUGAAGAAAAAUCGAAGCAAAUUCGGGCUCGCUUCAAAUCUGAUGAUAAAUCGGACUUUGACGAAAAUCUCGAAACGUUGGAGGAAUAUAAGGAAAGAUGGCGAUCUAUUUACAUAAUUUAUUUUACAAUGUUCCUAAUUUCAUUGGGGUUCAGCAUAAUAGUUACAGGCGUUUGGCCCUAUUUAGACAAAUUGGAUCCUACUGCAGGGAAGGAGUUCAUGGGCUUCGUGGUGGCCGCGAAUCCUCUAGGCCAAUUGAUCUUCUCCCCGUUGGUGGGCUGGUGGAGCAACCGACUGGGCUCCAUCAGAUUGCCCCUCAUCUUCUCCCUAACGGUCUUCCUCCUCGCCAGCGUGACGUACUCUUCCCUCGAAGCAUUCCCGUCGUACCGCAAGCACUGGAUGCUCUGGUCGAGGUUCCUGGUCGGCGUGAGUUCCGCGAACGUGGCCGCCUGCCGGUCGUACCUCUCGGCCGCCACCAAGUACUCGGAGAGGACGAAGGCCGUCUCCAUGAUAUCCCUGGCGCAGGUGCUGGGCUUCGUGAUCGGCCCGGCCAUCCAGGCGGCGGUGGUGCCGCUCGGCGGCGACGGCGUCUGGCUGAUCCCCGGCCGGCUGAAGCUCGACAUGUACACCGCCUCCGGCUGGAUCAACUCGCUGUUGACGCUGGUCAACAUCUACCUGUUCUUCCCGUCGGUGUUCCGCGAGCACAAGAUCGCCGUGAAGGAGGCCAUGCUGAAGGCGGGGAAGGACAACAUGAGCGACGUGUGGAGGGAGGAGAGGACCAAUUACGUGUCGGCUUGGACGCUGAUCGUGGCGUUUUUUGUGUUGGUUUUUAAUUUUAUGUUGCUGGAGACUUUGGGAACGCCGCUCACCAUGGACCAGUUCGCUUGGUCCAAGAGCGAUUCCCUUUGGUACAUGGGCAUUCUAAUGUCCGUAGGAGCGGUAGUAGCCAUCAUGACAUUCUCCUCGAUAGCCCCCCUAUCGAAGCGUUUCUCCGAAACCAAAGUGAUGAUAUGGCUGGGAUUCUUCCUGAUGGUGAUCGGGCGCUUCAGCAUGAUACCUUUAGCCGGCGAUCCGCCGAAAAUGUACGAUUCUGGAUUCAAAUUGAACCUGUCCCGCUACUGCGACGCCACGUUGCACGCAGAUUCGGGGGACUUAAACGUGACUCUGCUUAACCAAACGUUGGCCACCUUCGGAAGAAGCUUAAAGGCCGGUUCGGACGUGAAGAAUGCGACGUUUAACUGCGGAGAAGACUUGCUAGGAUGUCCCAGCGAUCAGGAGUGGUGCGUGUACACUCCUCAAUUGAAGUUAUCGCAGUUUAUUAUCGGUUAUAUGCUCACUUCGUUCGGGUAUCCCAUCGGGGUGACCCUGUUGCAGACUGUAUUUUCGAAGUUGUUGGGGUCGCGACCGCAGGGAGUUUGGAUGGGUUUGAUGACUGGCGCCGGAUGUCUUUCUCGAGUAAUGGGGCCCGUGUUCGUGACUUACAUUUACGAAGAAUACGGGACAAUAUGGACGUUCGGUUUAACGACGAUCAUGAUGAUAGUCUGUCAAUGUUGGCUUUUGGGAUUUAAACGUAUUCUGAAUCCCGAAGAGAUUAAAGAUAUUGAUGAAAAUGGCGAUCAAGAACUUAAAGAAACUUCCAAGUUCGUGUCCGUGGAAUUAUCGAAGGAAUAGGAACGACAGGCAUACUUUAAAAUGUGAUAUUUUUGUAAAUAUACUGAUCUUCCGCGUUUUAUGUGAUACUUAAUAUUUUUCGAUGCUGUACAAUCUUAUUAAAGAUUUUUUUAUAGUAUAUGUAAUCUUUUUGGCUAUAAAAUUCAUUAAUUGUUUAUUUUUAGUCAAAGUUAAUUAUUUAUUUGUAGUACUCAUGUAAA